AUGUCUAUCCGAAUACCCUUUCCUCCUGCCGCCUCACUCGACGGCAGGGCACAUCGCGAAGAAGAUAUCACGCUGGCGAGAACAGCUUCAAACAAGAAUGCCAGGCCCGCGGUGCCAGAGACACCAGACGGUGCCGCAGCCGCCAAAGUGGAGGCUGCCCUUGCGCUUCCACCUGCAUCAAAUCGCCGACGAGUCGUGCUUCCGGACCCUAUAGCUUUCAAAUUUCUCGAAGGCGAUCCAACAGUGACAGUUAUUACGCGCAAAUAUGUCCUCCCUGGUUACGAACUAUACCUCGUCGAACAAUGGGCUUGCUCGCGCCAAUCGCCCGCCCUCGUCAUUGCGACCUACACAGCUGAUCCAAAGCACUCGGUCGUCGUGGGGGUUCUGGAGAUACCAGGAGAAGAGAAGGAUUGGUCGCCGAGAUUACGCUUAUACUUUAGCGCUAUCCAACACUACCAUGCCCGGCCAAAGGAAACAGACAUUGGAGAGCUCAUGGUCACCAACCUCAGUAGCUUUCCUUCCGCCCUUACUGUGAUUGCGGUGCCCGACGGAGACAUUCAGAAGCAUCGCCAAGUGUUCAUUGUGAACGAGAAUCUCAAGCGGCUAGGGUGCUCAGGGAGAUCAGGACUCACCCUCACAGAUCCAACACCCGCUACGCAGGCCAAAUUUCUGCAACUAUACAAAACGAACGAGAAGAUACCUUUUGCUCAGGCCGUUCUGGAGCUGGUUAGGAUGUGCCAGAUGGCACUUCACAUCUUUGGCAUGCUGGAUGCGGAAUACGUGGAUGGGCUACUCUGUGACGUGACGGAGACCGCAAUCAACAAUUGGUGGACCGAGAUUGGCUCCGAGUACUUCAAUACCGAACCGACAGACGGCAUUUUGGGUCCUACAACAGUGGCAGCGAUGCUCGGCACACUGAUGGGAGCGAGGAAUCGGCUCAGUUACUCUGGCGCACCAGUGGCCAAGGAUGUUUUUGACCUUGAAAGCACCAAAAAGGGCAUUGGGACCUUUCAAAAAUCUGUCAAGAUAGAGAGGACAAGACGUCUAGACCGCCAGACGUUGCUCAAGCUGCACAGUGCCACAGCCAAGGCAGCCGCGGGAGAUGGUGGUUGGGGUGUUCACAGGGCGGUCAAAUCUACGGUCGCUGAAAUUGGUGGCAAACGCGGCGAGCUUGUCAUUGGCAUGGUGGGAGGCAAAGAUAAAGCCAAUAUUGGUGAUAUCGAGACGGUCGACUUGGGAAAAUUCAUCAACUUGGCCUACGGUGAAAGACCAAAAUGGCUUUGGCAUGGAAAGCCAAGGAGAACACAGCAAGAGACUGCUCCGGGCUCUGCAUUUGGCAAAGAAUUACGAGAGGAAACUAUUGUACCUCAGUCUGGAAGCAGAAGAACUCAGUCUGCACCAGUGGAGGAUGAGCUAGAGGCCAAGAAGAGGGAAGAUUCCCCCGCCAUAUACGCACCACCUCCUGUUACAAACUCAGCCCCCAUCACAGCCGAAAGUCACAAUCCCGGCGACAGGGAUGCUCUACGAAAGGGAAUUUUCAAGGGUGUUGCUGGAAAAGUGAGCGAUGCUCGAUCAGGUUUGGGUCGAAUCAGAGAUGCUGUUGGAGGUGGUUUGAGGGGCCACGCCAGCAGGCCCUCCAAGGACGAAAGCCCGGACACGGCCAUCAGUGGAUAUUCCAGCCCCAGUAUAGCGACGUUAGCUCACUCGUCUGCCGCGGUGACGAGCCCGGUUGCAGUUGGCAAAGCAUUCAGCUGGAAGGUCAAACCGGAGGAGUAUGCGAACGGGGCUCCAAAGGAACGAGAUUUUGGCGAAACAGGGCCAUCUGGUUUGAACGGCAGUGCAGAAGGGAGUGAGACGCAUCCUACAGGUGUCAGGGCUGAGUCGACAUCAUCCCAAGAACUGCUCAGAGCAGCAGAGGAAAAAGAAGCGCUAGCCGAGAUACGCAAAGAUGUACUAGAGAAUACAUUUUCGGCCGCGGCUUCAGAGGCAGGUGAUUUGGACGCUCAGCCCCAGCAAUUUCUCGGUGCUCAAGGGAGCUCAGAUCUGCCUUUAUCAUUCCUUCAGCGAAGACACAGCUUCACAACCAUUGAGGCUCUACAACGACCACUAAAUGACGCCCGUUAUCCCCGCCGUUUGUCUUUUAGCGAAGCUGAAGAGGCUGUUCUUGGCUGGCACGAGAUCAUCAGCCUGGCCGAUCUGCCCCCACCGGACGCUGGCGUGGACCCAGCAACGACGGCAUUUUUGCAGUCUCAAGCGGAGCUGGCUUACACCUUAUACCACCGGCUUCAAGAAAUACAGAAAGACCUCGCCAAUUGGGUUACAGGAAAACUGUCAGGGGUUGACAUUUUGAAUACAACGUAUGGCGCUCAGCAGGCGGAGCUUCAAGCUCUCUAUCAUGCCGUCAGCGAGGCCUACGCACGAAUAAGGCAUAGCAGUGGGGAGCUGGUGGCAGAAGAGAGGGGACGCCUGACCGAAGCCGUCAAGGACGUUGAGGUCUUGGUUGCCAAGCUCGAAUAUGAGAUUAGCGCGCUGGUCGGGAAGGUGAAUGAGGUUGAGGAUGGGGUGGCGCAGUUUGAAGCGCAGGUCGAGGAUCUUGAGCGCAGGGCGGAAGAGCUCAAGGCUGCAUUAGAAACGGAGAGUUGGGCGCAUUGUCUUGUUCGAACGCUGACGGGUAUUGGUUCGGGGCCGAAUAUCACUAGAGCAAGGUCCAGGUGA